AAAAAUCUUACACACUCCAUUGAGUCAUCUUUUUCUCAUUGUUCUUUCUAUUUCCUUAAAACAAAAUCUCUAAUGGAGACGGAAAAAAGUGUAAAAGAGACAGCCAUCAACAUGCCGGAGAUAAAGUCCGAUGAUAAAGCAAAAGCCCCAUUAUUAAACUCUUCGAAAGCUAUCGCCGUCACCGUCGAACAACCGAACCGAGGAUCGAAAAAAGGAAUCGCCAGCGGCGACUUCGUUUUGAGACUGUUCGCCAUGGGAGCCGCCCUCGGUGCCGCUGUAACAAUGGGGAAUAAUCAACAAAUCCUCCCUUUCUUCACUCAGUUCUUUGAGUUCUUAGCUCAGUACAAUGAUAUUACAACUUUCGUGUAUUUCGUGACUGCAAAUGCCGCAGUUGCUGGUUAUCUUUUCCUUUCGUUGCCAUUCUCUGUGAUCUGCAUUAAUCGUCCACUUGCAACGACGCCGAGGCUCGUCCUUGUUAUCUUUGAUACUGUGAUGAUGGGUAUAACUAUAACCGCAGCUUCAGCUUCAGCAUCGAUGGUGUAUUUGGCUCACAACGGGAACCAAAACACGAUGUGGCUUCCUUUUUGUCAACAAUUUGGUAAUUUCUGUCAGACUGCAAGUGGAGCAGUGGUGGGUUCUCUCAUAGCCGGCACAUUCCUCAUAUUUAUAAUUAUCCUUUCAGCUUUUGCUCUGAAAUGAAAUUGUCAAGACUUGGUUGGAGCAAUAGUUAGAGCUUUUGUCUGAUUCUCAAGUGGCACGAGUUCAAACUUUGUCAUCUCCCUCUUUUGAUAUUAUAUAAUAAAAAGAAAGAAAUAAAAAAUUAAAAUUAAAAAAA